AUGUUUAAGAGCGACACCAAGGGUGAGGGUGAGAGGCAGCCGAGGAAAGUCCGAUUUCGAAUUGCAUCUUCUCAUAGCGGGAGAGUGCUAAAAGAGGUGUAUGCUGAUGGGGAAACAUCUGAUUCCCUAGAUUCGGAAUGCACUAGCAGCUCAGAAACUGACCUAAACAGCAGGCUGAGUGAGGCAGAAGGACAGCACAAUGGGAACCUUGGAUCUGAAUGUGAUGAAAACGAGAAUGAGGCUGAUGAUAUGCUCAUUUUCGUGAGAGCUGCCAAAGAGAGGGGAUUUGGCACUAAAAGAGUCAACAUCCUCAGCAAAAAUGGCACAGUUAGAGGAGUCAAGCACAAAGUCAGUGCUGGUCAAGUUCUCUUCGACAAUUUAACAAAAGUCCUCCAAAAGGUAUCAUCAGUUCUGGAAUAUGGCCGCAUAGUAAUUUACACAACCAGCCUUCGAGUGGUUAGAACAACUUUUGAAAGAUGUGAACUGGUUCGAAAGAUCUUCCAAAACCACAGAGUGAAAUUUGAAGAGAAAAACAUUGCACUGAAUAGUGACUAUGGAAAAGAACUCGAUGAGAGGUGCAGAAGAGUAGGUGAAAUUCCAUCGCUGCCAGUUGUGUUUAUUGAGGGCCAGUAUCUAGGGGGUGCUGAGAAAAUUUUAUCAAUGAAUGAAUCAGGGGAACUGCAAGAUCUCUUAACCAAAAUUGAGAGAGUUCAACACCCUCAUGAAUGCUUCUCAUGUGGGGGCUUUGGUUUUCUUCCGUGCUCAGCGUGCCAUGGGAGCAAGAUGUCAGUGUUUCGGAACUGUUUUACAGACUCAUUCAAGGCACUUAAGUGCACGGCUUGCAAUGAGAACGGGUUGCAACGCUGCAAGAGUUGCCUGAGCUAA